CCUCCGGUCUCUGCAAGGCCAUCGGUCCGUCCGCUCGUCCUCCCGGCGCUCCUCCGCUCCGAACCGCUAUCCCGGCCGCAUUCAUCGCUUCCUCGGUUCCGAUCGCCGAUAGCGCGUCCCCCGCUCCCGGGCCGGUGCCGCCGCUACGCGAGGCCGGGGAUUGGCAGCGCGCGUAGGCCGCGCCUCGGCCGAUCGAGCCGGAAUAAAGGGGCGGCCGAGAACAGCGGGUCUCCUCUCGCCCCGCGCCCGACUCCGCGGGUGGCCUGGAGCAGAACCCGGCAUCCGGGAAGGCAGAGCCUCCCUGGCAUUGGCGGCACCUGCCUCGAAGAGCCCCCGGUGCUGCAGGCAGAGCCUUGUAGUCUGUCUUGGUGAAUGACUUGGGCCAUCUGACCAGUCCCUGUUCUGUGCCUUGUCUGAGGUCCUUGUCCACCCCUGAUCCCGGGCACCUUCUCUCUCUGGGUUGGGUCAUCUUCAUCGGGGAAACUGAAGCCAUUACUGUCCAAGCCCUGCUUCAUCUUCCCAAGCAUGUCGGAGAGCUGGCAGCAGCCGCCGCAGACGCAGCCGCAGCAGCCGCAGCCCCCGCAGCCUCAGCACCACGCAGAGCCGCCACCGGCCCUAGCGGAGCACUCGCUGCCCCCAGGCACGGCCGAGAACCCUCUGGGCUGUGCCGUCUAUGGCAUCCUCCUGCAGCCCGACCCGGGCCUGCAGCCCCCACAGCACGAGCCCCUGCAGGCGGCAGGGGAGCCGGGCCCCAAGUGUGGGGUGUGCGGGCACGACCUGGCACACCUGUCCAGCCCGCACGAGCACCAGUGCCUGGUGGGCCACGACCGCUCGUUCCAGUGCACGCAGUGUCUCAAGAUCUUCCACCAGGCCACCGACCUGCUGGAGCACCAGUGCGUGCAGGUGGAGCAGAAGCCUUUUGUCUGUGGCGUCUGCAAGAUGGGCUUCUCGCUGCUCACCUCCCUGGCUCAGCACCACAGCGCGCACAGCGGCACCGGCGGCCUCGUGAAAUGUUCCAUCUGCGAGAAGACCUACAAGCCGGCCGAGGCGGCCGAGCCGGCGGCCACUGCGGCCCCCUCGCUGCCCCCGCCGCCCCCGCCGCCCGCUGUCGUCCCUGCCGAACAGGUCGACAAGCCCUACAGCUGCCCCGUCUGCCAGAAGCCCUUCAAGCACCUGUCCGAGCUGUCGCGGCACGAGCGGAUCCACACGGGCGAGAAGCCGUACAAGUGCACGCUGUGUGACAAGAGCUUCAGCCAGUCGUCCCACCUCGUGCACCACAAGCGCACGCACAGCUCCGAGCGGCCCUACAAGUGCGCCGUGUGCGAGAAGACCUUCAAGCACCGCUCGCACCUGGUGCGCCACAUGUACGCGCACUCGGGCGAGCACCACCUGUUCCGCUGCAACGUGUGCGAGCUGCACUUCAAGGAGUCGUCGGAGCUGCUGCAGCACCCGUGCACGCCCAGCGGCGAGCGGCCCUUCCGCUGCGGCGAGUGCCAGAAGGCCUUCAAGCGGCCCUCGGACCUGCGGCAGCACGAGCGCACGCACAGCGCCGAGCGGCCCUUCAAGUGCGACCUGUGUCCCAUGGGCUUCAAGCAGCAGUACGCGCUGAUGCGGCACCGGCGCACGCACAAGACCGAGGAGCCCUUCAAGUGCGGCCUGUGCGAGAAGGGCUUCGGGCAGCCCAGCCACCUGCUCUACCACCAGCACGUGCACACCCUCGAGACCCUCUUCAAGUGCCCCGUGUGCCAGAAGGGCUUCGACCAGUCGGCCGAGCUGCUGCGGCACAAGUGCCUGCCGAGCGCCCCCGAGCGGCCCUUCAAGUGCUCGGUGUGCAACAAGGCCUACAAGCGGGCGUCGGCUCUGCAGAAGCACCAGCUGGCCCACUGCUCCCCGGCCGAGAAACCCCUGCGCUGCACCCUGUGCGAGCGCCGCUUCUUCUCGUCCUCGGAGUUCGUGCAGCACCGCUGCGACCCAGCCCGCGACAAGCCGCUCAAGUGUCCGGACUGCGAGAAGCGCUUCAAGUACGCGUCCGACCUGCAGCGGCACCGGCGCGUGCACACCGGCGAGAAGCCCUACAAGUGCCCCAGUUGCGACAAGGCCUUCAAGCAGCGCGAGCACCUCAACAAGCACCAGGGCGUGCACGCCCGCGAGCAGCAGUUCAAGUGCGUGUGGUGCGGGGAGCGCUUCCUGGAUGUGGCUCUGCUGCAGGAGCACAGCGCGCAGCACAGCGCCGCUGCCGCCGCCGCCGAGGGCGCCUACCAGGUGGCCGCCUGCCUGCCCUGAGUCCCUGCCGUGGCCCCCCUCCAGGCCAGGCCCAUCCUCCUGGUUCAGAGGCCCCUCCACCCACCUCCAUGUUCAGAGGCACUGGGCAUGAGGACAGGAGAGCACUGGGCAGGUGGAGAGGCCUGGCACUUCUGGAACCUGCCUGGUGGUGGGGGAGCCAGAUUGCCCUGGCUGGUCCCCAUUCCACAAACCGCUUUCCCAUGAGAGGAUUCGUUUUCUUGGGAGCCAUUGGCCUUCCUUGUCUUAGGGGGCCUGGAACCAGACUGGAAGUCAGGUGGCAUCUCUCCACCCCAAGGAGGGGUUAGUGCCAGCCCAACCUUCCCAAACCUUGUAGCCUAAUUAGAAACCAGAUGGUUAGGAAAGAGGACAGCCAUGGUAGGGCCUGGGCGAAGGGCUGGACUCCAGAGGUGGGCUGGGUGUAGGGCACCCUCCUUCAAGUUGCUGUUUGAGGGAGAAGGCCAGCCUCGUGAUUAGUCUUGGGGACCAGGAGGGCACACCAUGAACCGUAGGCCUCUCUGUCUGCCCCAGCCAGGCGUUUCUGACAGGUGAGAUGCAUAAGCGGGCUGCACACCUGUGGGCUGGGUCUGCCUGGAGAGCCAUCGGCUUGGCCAGAGGGAGGAGGCUGAGAAGUUCUCCAGGGGGGACACUCAGCCAGGGACAGUGCCCAGGACAGUGCCGUCCACAGGGAAAGGAGGAGAGGCAGGAGGUCUAAUCCUGAUACUUUAGAAGCGCCCCUCCCCGCUUUGCAGCCUGGUUCUGAGCUCUGCCGGGGAGUGUGCUCUCAGCCAGACAGAGCUGCCGAUGCGACAGAGGGGGAUUGUUAGGCCACCUGGUGCCCGGGCCACGCCCAUGAUCUUCCCAGUGGUUGUGGACAAGUGUCCUCCCCCUUGAAUUGUGUGAACCAAAGUGUCAAGGGUGUGGCCUCAAUCAGCUCGGGGCCCUGCCUCAUGGCCCAGACCAGGCCUGUGUACCCAGGGUGGGGCAGGUAAAAGGACUGUGCGCGUGGCCAGCCCACGGGAACCCUCCCCGUCAGGGACUGCAGCGAUUUCGCAUUGCCCAGGUGCCCUGGACGACAUCCAGCUACUUCCAAGGCCAGCAAGUUCUCCCUUGGGUUCUCCCUGUCUCUGGCUGCCCACAGUGUGUGUGGAGCCGAGGUGCUGGCAGAGGGAGCAGGCGGGGAAGGGGUUAAGGAGAUCAGUAGGUGGAUGGAGUCCACUGAUGUCAAUGGACGCCGGGGCCCUCGGGAAGCCCAGAGGACCUUUAUCAUGGAAGUGAUUGUUUAGGCCCCAGCUCUGCCCCUGCCUCUUCCAGCCCCCUUCCCUGGUCAUGGGUCUUAAAAGAAGACUUUAAUCAAUGCACCAAGGACCCAGAGGAGCAGGGAGCGCCACCUCGUCCCACUGUCCCCUUAACACGUCUGAAAAGCACAUCCACCUCCUCCAUCUGACCGGGUCCCCUUCCCGUGGGGCUGGGCCGACCCCCCAAAAGACAGUCUCAAUGCCUCAAAAGACAUUGAACCCAGGCUGACAACCGUCCCGACUGCUACUUCUUUCUUUUCGUUUUGCUUUCUAAAAGCUAUUGUUAUACUCUUCAUAACAUCGUCUAUUUUAAUUUCAUGUCAUUUUGAAUCUUAUAUAAAAAUGUGAGAAUUUGGGUUUUUAAAAAGAACGUCUCCAUUUUAGAUAGCCCCUUUUGAUGUUAAUAUAUAGUGAGUCCAAUGUAUGCUUUAGAAGUAAAGACAUUGACCAUCACA